GUCGACAUAUGUACUGUCAGUCACAUUCGAAUGGCAUCAAACCUAAGGCAUGUCGAACAAUCAGUUACUCGGGGUCUUCGAGACCACGAAGCACUGGCACAGUGCAAUGUGUUGCACCGGGGUGUAAAGGAAAUGAUAUGUUGCUCGACAGAAAAAAUAUUCUCUGUGUCUUCUCACGACUGCAGCAGUGUUCUCAACGCGUACAUAUGUAAAUGACCCAUUGUUCAUACUCGAGAGAUCAAGAACCUACGGAGGAAAUAUGUGAAAGCAGCGAACUGUAAGUUCCACCGCUUUCAAGCAUGAUUCUCCGCUCGUUCGUGCCUCCAGUAGUCAAUCAUGUGGUCCCUUCAUCAGUAUGACUGACAGAACGCUAGGAGCACGAUUCAACAGACCGCGAUCUACAACGCACAUCCAAAUAAUUACACCUUCAGAAUUGUCUACACCAUCGUUCAAGAAGGCGAUCCAGUGACUUUCCGAAGCAUCCAAAUCGUAACGUUAGCGAGAGACAAAUCGGGAGAUGAGUGCUAAAGUGAAAAUCUUUGAGAUAACACUGCGGAGGCCAUGCAAGAGAGCCGGCACGGAGAAGCAGUGUGGCGCAAGCUAAUCCAUCGGUGAGGAAUAAUCACAUCAGUCACAGACCAGCUUAGAGGUCUCAGAGCUGUGUUUGUGAUAGGAAGAAGCCGGAGCUUUAGUACUGGACCAGAGAAGUGAGGGUGACUUGCGGAGCCAUGAGGUUCUUAGAAUCUUCCAUGGAUUCCUCGAACCGAAACCCUAAAUGCAGGUAGCUUUGGAAGUAGGUCUUCUUCUAAACUUCCACUCGGGGGAGCGCUGCACAGCAUGCGUUCGUUACGUUCACCAAAAAUGGCUGACUUAAAUGUAGUGCGGUAAAAAAACCG